GGACGACGGCAAGGGCCGGUAGAGCGCUUUUGCAACCACGUUGAAGAGUUGGGAGUGACUGUGCCGCCAAAUUUGAAGGGAUACCGCGUUCUUCACCAACGGAGUCUCGGACGGCAUCCGAUGGCCAGAUAUCGUGACCAACGUGACUAUGGACAUGGAGAUCAAAGAGGGUACGGAAGUGACGAGCGUGAGUAUCAAGGGGAGAAGGGUGGUUAUGACCUCAGGCCAGGACGCUGGCCCAUAACAUGCUUCAACUGUGACGAGACCGGACACUAUGCUAACCAAUGUCCGCACCCGCGCAGACAAUCGAGUGCCAGAGCAUCGACUUCAUCGGACUCCCGGCGGGAUGGGUCGGUGUCGCCUCGAUGUUAUCCGUGGCACAUGACGCCAAGUGACCUUAUCCAUUCGAAGGUAGUGGAGAUUGGAAAGAGUGUGGCAGCGGUGUGCCAGUAUGUGGAGAACGAGCAGCAGAAAAAAGCCGCCAAGGAAUGCAGAAAAAUGGAGGAGGCAGAGGAUCGAGCGGAGGCGGAUCGAAUGGAGGUCGAACGGAAGAAGAAGAAGAAGGAGGAGAAAGCCUGGAAAGAGGCAGAACGAUUGGAGGAUAUUAACAAGAAAAUGGACAUUAAGGUGGCGGUACGUGUAGGGGAAUUGAGGGAUGAUGUAUGUGAAGACGUGAGGCAAGAGAUUCUCAAGGCCAUCAGCGAAUUCUGUGUUGUGGAGGCGCGGGGUAAGCAGAAGGUGGUGCAACCUGCAAGGUCAGGAUCGGAGAGCAGCGGUAGAAGUAUUGAGACAGAAGAGUUGAGCACUCGGACUCGCAACCUCUGUAUCACUGAGAAGAGGAAACGAGGGGAGGAACCCGUCUUCGAGGACAGCCCCCCUAUGGAGUUGCCGCCUAAACGCACUCCUAGAGCGACGAGGAAGCCGGUGAACUUCACCUCCAGACUCGCACGCUCCAAGGCUAAAGCCAAGACGAAGAUCUCGACACCAAGGAAGACACCUGCGUCGAUAAGCAAGAAGAAGAUUUCGACAUCCAUCGGAGUUGUUGGACAGCUGAAUUUUGAGAAGCACGUCAUGCACGAGCUGAAGAAUCUGGACGUGCUCAUUCUGCAGUACCUCUGCAGAGAUGAAGGCAUACAGUACAACGGUAAGUUCGAGGCUAUUUUUGAUAUAGCCGCACACCACACCAAGGUUGCGUACGGUACUGAAGAGGAAGACGAAAUGGAUUCACCGCAAGGAACUGAAAUCGAAGACACGGCAGAAGGAGAUGCCAAAACAGAAACAGAGUGAGGUGGUUUCAGCAAAGCUGGCCUUUGGAAUAUUGUUGGAUGCCUUACGAAGU